GAUGUAAAUAAUCGAAUAAUUAAACACAAUCUGGUCGAACAGCACGGAGUUACUUUACGAACACUGUCUUGGCAUAAUUCUGUUCGGAAGACUGCAAAGAGAACUCGUCGUGGCAAAACCACAAGAGUUGUAAGAAAUCAUUUUGCUCAUCUGUACGACGGUCUACACGGUGACUCGAAACUAAAACAGCGUUGGUUCAUUGAAAUGUGUAGAUCCUUUGCUUUUGAUCGCCAACUUAGAAGUAAUUCUUCAGUAUAAAGAAUUAGGGAAAUCUUCCACAGUUUGUAAAUACUUUGUAUAUAUUAUCCUGUUUGUUGGCAUGAUGGCCACACCACCCGAGGUAGUUGCACCCUUAUCUGCGGUGAGUCUUAAAUUGCCACCCUUUUGGCCUCAUGACCCUACCAUAUGGUUUGCACAAGUAGACGCGCAAUUCCAAACUCGCCAAAUUACAACUCAAGCAACAAAAUUUGCUUAUGUUGUGUCCUCACUUCAACCGGAGAUUGCUCAAGAGGUUAGGGACCUGUUGAUUAGCCCUCCAACAGUUGAUCAGUACGACAAAUUGAAAAUGGAACUAAUUAAAAGAACAUCAGAGUCAGAACAAAAACGGCUCCAUCAACUGUUAAUCUCCGAGGAACUUGGUGAUAGAAAGCCGUCACAGCUUCUUCGCCGUAUGAAGCAACUACUAGGAGAAAAUACUCUUGAAGAAAGAAUCUUAAGACAAUUAUUUCUCCAACGGUUGCCACAAAAUGUGCAACUUAUUUUGGCAUCCUCUAGUGAUACCGUGGACCUAGAGCAGUUGGCAAUUAUUGCCGAUAAAAUUUUGGAAGUUGCAUCUCCGCCCACUGUAGUAACUUCUACAACAGUAAACGCAGUCUCUUCAUCUAAAUCACUAGAAAAACGCAUAGAUGAACUGCAAAGUCAGGUUAGCGAUUUAACGACUCUUGUUCAUGAACUGGUCAUGAAAGGUACAAGUAAAGGCAAACGUGACUUUAGCCGGGGGCGUAGUAGAGAACGCACUAAAAAUAAGAGUAUCGAUGAUCGCAGAAGUCCUUCCAAGUCCAAAAGCGUACCGCGUGCUGGUUCCGAUUGCUGGUACCAUUGGCGAUUUGGGGACAAAGCAACCAAAUGUGUCAAACCUUGUUCUUAUUCUGAGACUAAAUCUAAGGCGACAAAUCAGGAAAACUAGAAAGCCAGCAACUAGGGACGGCGGGUUCGACUGGCAAAACAAAAAGUCGUCUAUUCUAUGUUACAGACAAAAUUACUGGUACCAGAUUUCUUGUUGACACUGGCGCUGAAGUUAGUGUUAUUCCACCAACCAAUAGUGAUAAGCGCAACAGUAGUUCGUAUACAUUGCAAGCGGUUAAUAAGACCCUCAUCACCACUUACGGAGAGAGAUCUAUGACACUGAAUUUCGGAUUAAGGCGCGAUUUAAAAUGGAUUUUCAUUAUCGCCGCUGUACCUGUGCCGAUUAUUGGCGCCGAUUUUCUUAGACAUUUUUCUCUAGUGGUAGAUGUUAAAAACCGCCGAUUGAUUGAUUCACAGACUAAUCUCACUGUUAACGGCAAUGUAACGUCUGUAAACUCACCAGGCCCAGUAUUCGCUAUGCCUAACAGUGACAAUGCUUACACUUCCUUGCUCAGUCAAUAUCCAGAAAUAACUAGGCCAAAUUAUAAGGAAAGUUCUAUCAAGCACAACGUCACUCAUCAGAUAAAAACUACUGGACAACCAGUCAAUGCUCGACCUAGACGACUAGCAGCAAAUAAAUUGCCAGCAGCAAAAGCCGAAUUUGAUCAUAUGUUGGAAUUAGGAAUUAUUCGCCCAUCAGAUAGUCAGUGGUCUUCACCAUUGCACAUGGCGCCCAAAAAAUCAGGUGAUUGGAGGCCUUGUGGCGAUUAUCGUGCCUUAAACAAUAUCACGGUACCUGAUAGAUACCCUAUUCCGCAUAUCCACGAUUUUUCGACGAAUUUACAUGGUAAGACUAUCUUUAGCAAAAUUGAUCUAGUUAAAGCUUACCAUCAAAUACCUAUUGCACCUGAAGACAUUCCUAAAACGGCCAUCAUCACACCUUUUGGCCUUUUUGAAUAUAUUCGGAUGCCCUUUGGUUUAAGGAAUGCAGCCCAAACUUUCCAGAGAUUCAUCGACCAAGUCUUGCAUGGUCUUGACUUCGUUUACGCAUAUAUCGAUGAUUUACUGAUAGCAAGUGAUGAUGCAGAACAACAUGAGCAACAUCUAAAGCUACUUUUUGACCGCCUUCGCGAAUAUGGUGUCGUUGUCAAUCCUAGCAAGUGUGAGUUCGGUGUUUCUAGCCUUGAAUUUCUUGGCCACACUAUCGACUCCAACGGUAUUAGACCUUUGGAGAGUAAAGUUGAAGUCAUACAAGACUUUCCUGUUCCGACCUCGCUUCGUAAACUACGAGAGUUUUUGGGAUUGAUCAAUUUUUACAGGCGUUUCAUUCCACACUGCGCCGACAUUUUACAACCAUUGACGGACCUCCUUUCGUGUAAAAGAAAGGACAAAGUAAUUGAACUGUCGGAAGGAGAGUUACUUGCCUUUGACAAAGCUAAAUCCGCUCUAGCUCAACACACUUUGCUCGUUCACCCACUUGCAGACGCUCCUCUUUGUUUAAUGGUGGACGCAUCAAACAAGGCAGUUGGAGGUGUACUUAAUCAAUACGUUGAUGGUCAGAUGAAACCAAUCUCGUUUUUCUCUAAACGUUUACAACCAGCAGAGACUAGAUACAGUACGUUUGGUCGCGAGUUGCUGGCUGUAUAUUUAGCAAUUCGCCACUUUAGAUAUUAUUUAGAAGGUCGCGACUUUUUCAUCUUGACUGAUCACAAACCUCUAACGUAUGCAUUCAAAUCGAAGCCAGAUCGCUACUCACCGAGAGAAAUUCGGCACUUAGACUACAUCUCUCAGUUCAGUACUGACGUACGCCACAUAAAAGGCUCAGAAAAUGUUGUCGCUGACGCACUUUCAAGGUAUGAUGUCAAUUUCUUCCACUGCGUUUGUCAAACCAGCGAUUUUAUUGAUUUUGACCAAAUUGCAAUCAAACAGAAGACAGAUCCAGAACUAGCAAAGCUUCGCAAAUCGUCUAGUCUUCAUUUUGAAGAACUACCUAUACUCGUAUCGCAGAAUACCAUUAUCUGUGAUACAUCAACUGGUAGACUACGUGCGUAUAUUCCAAAAGAAUUUAGGCGUGACAUUUUUCACUCUUUACAUGAGCUAUCCCAUCCAGGUAUUCGGGCCACACAACGUCUAAUCACUGAGAGAUUUGUAUGGCCAUCCAUUAAUCAAGAUGUUCGGAAUUGGACCAGGCAAUGCAUUCAAUGUCAGCGUGCAAAAGUACAGCGUCACACAGUGACACCGAUAGGUACUUUCGCAACCCCUGACGCUCGUUUUAGCCAAGUACAUAUAGAUUUAGUUGGCCCUCUUCCUUCGUCUCAUGGUUUUUCUUACUUGCUUACUUGCAUAGAUCGAUUUACAAGGUGGCCUGAGGCAAUACCAAUUUCUAAUAUUGUAGCUGAAACAGUCGCAAAAGCCUUUGUUGACAAUUGGAUAGCCAGAUUUGGAGUGCCUACAACUAUAACAACUGAUAGAGGUAGCCAGUUUGAGUCAAACCUUUUCAAACAUCUAUCGCACCUUCUUGGCACCAAACACAUUCGUACAACUGCUUACCACCCCGUUGCAAACGGAUUAGUGGAACGAUUUCAUCGAACCCUCAAGUCAGCAUUAAAAGCUCAAAGGGAACCUAACAAGUGGACAGAAUCAUUACCACUUAUUCUACUUAGUCUUCGCUCAUCGUUUAAAGCUGACUUAGGAUGUAGUGCCGCAGAGCUGGUUUAUGGUUCCACUCUUCGACUCCCUGGCGAAUUACUCGUUCCAGUCAAAAAUGUAGAAAGUCUAGACCCAACCAGUUAUGUCGACCGCCUUCGUCAUUACAUGUCGGAGCUUAAACCAAAACCACCUAGAACUAGUGCACAUCAAAGUCAAGUUCCUAAGGAU